AUGCCCGACCGCCCGCAGCCGUCCGCCGAGGACAUUGCUGGGCCUAUCGGGCCUACCAUGCCGCCUCGUACUACGCCCUCGCCUGCGACCACGCCGGCUGGCUCUGUACCGGCCACGUCGCCGUCGCCCGUCCCUGUCCACCCCGACCUGGAGGCGGUGCACGAUGAGGCACAGCCAGCCGGUGACCAGCAGCAGCGAGCUGUCCCCGAGGUCACGGUCGCCGGGCCCUCGUCCGAACCGCAGUACGCCACCGCCGGCGGCCGCAUCCAGCAGCCGCCACGCAGCUUCAGUCCCGCGGGCGUCGGCGAGAACACGCCGUUUACGGCGUCGUACCCGCCGCACCAAGGCCAGCCGUACCAAGGCCAGCCAUACCAAGCAUACUACCCGCCCGCAGGCGGCUACUACCCGCCCCAGGCGACCAGUGGCUACCCCUACACAGGUGCCGCUGGUGUCGCUCCCGGCGCGGCAGAUGCUGCUCUGGCGGGCGGCGCUGCCGGUGCGGCGGCGGCGGCGGCGGCGGGCGAUAACAAGCCCAAGACGUUCUCGCAGCGCAUGGCCGGCAGCGACGAGCACUGGCAGUGGAAGCUGGCCCUGCGCGUGGUCCUGAUUGUCCUCGACAUCAUCGCCAUUGGCGCCGCCGCAGCCGUCACCGCGAGCAACGCCAGCAACGCGUAUUACAACUGGUUCUACAUUGACGACUCGUACGUCGUGCCGUUCACGCUGAUCCCGCUGGGCCUGUCGCUGAUCUGGUGCGUCGUGGUCGUGUUGGUGCUGCUGCUGCGCCGCCCGCCGCGCGCCGUGCACCCGGGCAUCGCCGUCGGCCUGGACCUGGUCCUGUGGCUGGCCCUCAUCGUCACGCUGCUCUUCACCGUGGCCGCGGCGCUGUCCCUGUCCUCGUUCGGCGCGGCCAGCGCGCCGUACAUUUAUUAUGGCUCGAGCGGCGGGUACUCGCUGGCGCCCAACAACUCGUGGGUGUGGACGACAAGCAGCAACUACUACAACUACAACCUGGCGCAGGAGACGGGCGAUGUCGCCACGGCGUUGUCGGUGUCGUUGGUGUCGUCGGCCACGGCCACGACGUCGGUGGCCUCGGCCGUGUCCUCCGCUGUGUCCGCCACUGCUUCUGCUGUUGCCACUGCUGCCGCUGCGGCUGCCGCCGUCACGGCCGCGCCUGUCCUGUCGGAGCAUGCCAAGCGCCAGCUCGGCCUUUCGUCGUCGGUCUCGUCCGUGUCCGACUCGUUCUCGUAUUCGUACGAUGACCCCUACACGCAUUCCAGCUACUACGACCCCUAUAGCUACGACGACCCCUACACCUACGACGAUCCCUACACUCGCUCCGAGUACAAUCCGUACGGCCCCGACUACACGACCGACUCGGACGGCUACUACAUUUAUGCCACCAGCACCGCCACCGCCGCCCGCUACACCCGCACCCGCGACUGCACCCCCGAGUUCUCCUCGUGCGCCCAGCAGGACGCCCUCGUCAACCAGCUCUGGCACGACAAGCCGCGCCGCUACGCGCUCGACCUCCUGCUCUGCAUCCUCCAGGCGCUCGCCAUCGUCCUCCACUUUGCCCUCUUUGUCUGGGCCUGCGUCGACACCCACCGCCGCAACCGCAUGCGCCGCACCGACGCCAUGACCCUGGACGUGCUGCAGGACAUGCGCCAGCGGGGCUACGUCAUGGUGCCGGCGGCCGACGGCGCGGCCAUGGGCGCAGCAGCUGCACCGCCGGCACCGCUUGCACCGGUCGGCGGUCUGCCCGGCCACGACAGCAUAUACUACCCGCAGCAGCCUGGUCAGCCUGGUCAGCCGGGUGGCUGGCCGUCGUCGCCGCGUGCCGCCGAGAAAACACCAAUGUCGCCGACGCGGUAUGCCUAG